AGAUCAGAUUGCCCAUUUACAACUUGCUGGUGCUACACGAUAAAGCGAUGAAAGGUAUUGCUGUUUUGGUGCUUAUCGGCAUGCUUGCCGCUGCUGCAUAUUCAGCAGAAACGGAGCAGAUUUGUCCGGAGCAUGACGACAUUUUCAAUCCAGUGCACUUCCCGCACCCAACCAACUGUGAAAAGUUUUACAAGUGCUACAAUGGCCAGAAGUUUGAGAUCGAUUGCCCGGCCGGGCUGCACUGGAGCAUCGACAAGGACUAUUGCGACUAUCCCGAGGAAGCCGGAUGUGUACGUCCUAUUCCAUAAAAAUCGCCAAUAAAAUCGCACCGCAACAUAACUUAACCGUCUUUUUAAAAAAAGGCAAUUUGACGUGUGGUUGAACCUUUGAACUAGACCCUUAUAAACGGCAUACGGGAUUGUGACGUCACAGUAAACAAUAACAUUGACGGCGACCCGUAAAAAUCCAUAAAAAUCCGUGAAAAUCCGUGAAAAUCGUGAGGAAAUCCCGUGAAAAGCGCCUGGAAAUGUUCCGAAGAUCGAAACAAACCACCGCCCCGCUUCCGAAACCGCCGACGGAGGAACAAAUGAUGGAGGAUCUUCAGCUGUACCACGAAACGCGACCCCGGAUAGUGGCCAAAAUCGACGUGGAAGGAGAAUCGCUGGGAGCCGAGCCAAAAAUCGAAACCUGGUGGAAGGAAUUUGAGGCGACUCUGGAGGACCACCGGGAGCUUCAGGACAUCAAGCUAAACCUGGAGCAGAUGCGUACGGUGCUACAGAAAACGAAAAGCAAUCUGCAAAGCUCCUGCAAGGAUAUCGAGCUUCAAAUCGAGCACGAUCUCGAGCGGAUACGAACGACGCUGAACGAAUAAACGGGCGAUAAAAUGAAGAUGUGACUGAAGCGGGUCCCAUUGCGGGGAUGUUUUGAGGUUCAUAAAUAUAUGUAUAUUUUGUAAAACAAAAAUCCU